GGGCCGCGGCGGCCGGGCCGGGCUGGGCAGGGCGAGGAGGGUAGAAACUCUCGCUAUGCUGCCCAGCGCCUUUUACUGGGACCUGGUGGGCUCCUCGGCUCUCCUCAACCUGCCGGCGGCGCCAGGUUUCGGCAACCUGGGCAAAAGUUUCCUCAUCGAGAACUUGCUGCGGGCCGGGGCGCCGAGCCCUACCCAGCUCCGUCCCCUCCCCGCCAACCCCGUGCCCCUCAAGCUGUGCCCCGCGGCGGAACAAAUCGACCCCUCAGGGGGUCCCUUCCCGGCAAGAUGGGCUUUCCAAGUGCUUAACCCUUCUGCGGCGGACGGCGGCCGCCCGCCAGCGCGGGCCGCGGCGGCGGAGAGAGGCGGCAUCUUCCCGCCGGCAGCCACAGCUCUUUCCAAACACUUUUUUCUCCGAGCCCCGCCAUUCUACUCAGCAUGCUGCGGUGGGUCCUGUCAGCACCCUGCAUCCCCCACUGCUUUUCCAAGAGAGGAAAGUAUGCUGCCACUUCUAACCCAGGAGUCUAACUCCAAAUCCCGGAGAGGCAUAUUAAGAAGAGCUGUCUUUUCUGAAGACCAGAGGAAAGCUUUGGAGAAAAUGUUCCAGAAGCAGAAGUAUAUUAGUAAAACAGACAGGAAGAAACUGGCCCUUAACCUGGGUCUAAAGGAGUCUCAGGUGAAAAUCUGGUUUCAGAAUCGAAGGAUGAAAUGGCGAAACUCCAAAGAAAAAGAAGUGCUUUCUAACAGGUGCCUCCAAGAAGACGGUCUUCAGGAGAACUACCUCUCACGAUCCACCAUUAAUUUUACCUCUCCAUGCCCAUCUGUGUGGGAAAUGUCUGAUGAGCGGGCAAGUCCAAGGUGGAGGGAGAAUUCUCCAGGAAAUUCUGAAAGACUGACUACUACACAACCACCUCCAAGAGCAAAUUCAUUGCAGAGCCCACUCUAUUUGUAUCCUGACCAAGACACUGCAAACAAGGCAUCAUCAAGUGUAAGGGAGUAGGGGCAGUUUGUAAAUGGAGUGGGAGAGUGCAGGCUUCAAAUGAGCAGUCUUUUAAGAUUAACAGUAUUUGAACAUUGUAAAGCUAACUCGUUUAUGCUUCAAAAAUAUGCUAACGCCAUUAAAAUUACAAACAACUAAUGACUAAAGAAGUAUUCUUCAAUAUUCAGUCUUUUCUUGUGUCUUUUCCAGUCUUGUACUGACCUUAAAAGUAAAGUAGGAACUGAUGGUAAGUAAAAUGAAGAACAUGAAGCUGAAUUUGUGCUCUGAUUUAUACAUCUGCACUGUAUGUGAUGCUCGUUAAAAACACACUAAUAGAGAAUCACUUUUAUCUCUCAUUGUAGUCAGACCAAUUUAUUUCUUCUGUGCAUGAGAUAAAAAGGAAUCUGUUUCUCUCAAGAAAGUUAGUGGUUUUGGGUUCUUUUAGAAAUUCAUUAAAUAAUACAAUAGAUUCAUAUGGACAAAUACAA